AUGGCCGACUCUGAUUCUGCCUGCGGUAAGGCUAAGGAAAUGAAUAGUCCUUCUCCGAAAAUGCCCAGAAGUAUACUUAAACACGAUCAUGGAGAACCACACAGCGGUGUUCGUUGGGAUGAAAUGAAUAUCUUGAUGACCUAUCAUCCAGCAGACAAGGACUAUGGUCAUAUGAAGGUUGAUGAACCGAAAACACCAUAUCGUUAUGCAGAUGCUGACUCGGAAGGAGAAACUGAUGUCAAAGGAAUAGAUCCUGCGACCUUAAGCAGCGAAUUACAUGGUACUUCUGAUGAUGCAAGUGGCUCUCGAUGGGCUGAAUAUGACUCAAACGAUGAGAACCAUGAUGAACAAUUAACACCUGAAGAAUUAGAACGAAAACAAGAUUUUAAAAAGAAGAGAUCGCAACAUUAUAAUGAAUAUUAUAAUGUUAAGUUAGCUAGAGAAUUGAUUGCAAAGGAUCUGGAAGAAGAAGAUGAUGAUUAA